CUCGAAAGGAAUAAAUGUUGUUGACAGCUCCAGCUCCACUCCUCAUCAGACGGUCUCGCCUGCUACACCAUGGAUUCAGAUUGUAAUAAACCUUUGGAGAUGGCGGCUCUGGGUCGGAGCUUCCACCUGGGCAUGCUGUACGACUGCAGAUCUGACAAACUCAUCCCAGGCCUGACGUUCUGGGACAGAGAGAAGUUGGACAGUGACAUGAGAGUGACCCCCAAACCCAACACACAGUUUCAGAUCGUGGCGUCAGACUCAGUCUCAGAGAAGGCUUCUUCACUGGGAGUGGACGCUUCUCUCAAAGCCAGCUUUCUGAGUGGACUUGUGAAUGUUGGAGGCUCAGCAAAAUUUCUAAAGGACAACAAAAGCUCGAAAAAGGCCCGAGUCGCUCUGCAGUUCAAAACUACCACGGUGUUCAAAGCACUGACCAUGAACCAGCUCGGAAGAGACAACAUUAAGCAUCACGAAGUGAUUGAGAAAGGUCUGGCGACUCACGUAGUGACAGCCAUCCUCUACGGCGCCCAGGCCUUCUUUGUGUUUGACCAAGAAACAUCUAAAGAUGAACAGGUUCAAGACAUUCAGGGCAACCUGAAGGUGAUGAUUCAGAAAAUCCCACUGAUCUCUGUUGAUGGAGGAGGCUCUCUGAAAAUGGAGGACAAAGACAAAGAAAAAGUGAAGAAGUUCUCCUGUACUUUUUAUGGAGAUUUCUGUUUAGACAAAAGCCCAACAACUUUUGAAGAAUCCGUCAAAGUUUAUCAAGAUCUCCCCACACUUCUGGGCUCCAAUGGAGAGAAUGCAGUCCCUGUGAUGGUGCAUCUGCUGCCACUCAGCAGCUUAGACUCCAGAGCAUCUAAAGUGGUGCGUCAGAUCAGUCUGAGGUUAGUCACUAAGGCAGAGAGCAUCCUGGAGGACUUCAGGGAGCUGGACAUGAGGUGUAACGAUGUCUUGAAAAGUCCUGCAGGUCAGAACUUCUCACACUUUUCCAAAAAAGUCAAAACCUUCAAUGCUUUGUGCUCUGAGUUCAGGCUUGGGCUUCAGGAAACACUGGCCCAAAAGCUUCCGUCGAUCCGUGGAGGAGGAGAGGAGGAGGCUGCACUAGCAGCUGUAUUGAAGAAAACAGUGGAGAGUCCGUUCAGCUCUCAGCGUUUGAACCAGUGGAUGGACAGGGUCAGUCAAGAGGCCAACACCAUUAAAGCUCUCACAAAUCUGAUAAAAAACACAGAAAUCAUCUCAUCUGAAAACGUCCUCAGUGAGAAGGUUUGUGACCCAGAGAAAGCCCUGGUGUUUGUGUUUACAUCUCUGGAAAGUGCAGAGCCGUACCUCAAAGAACUGGAGAAUCAUCUAGAAGGACUUCAAACCAAUGAGUGUGAAACAGAACCCAAACCCUGGUUCAGAAAUCAAGAUGUGAUUCAACAAAUGAGACUUAAAGCAAAGCUUUUUGGUGAUUUUGCAGAAGCCAACAAAGAUCAGGACAAAAAGUACCUUCGGUUUCUGGCAGUGGGCUCGGCUGAUGUGAAUGACAAAGGUGCAACCAUCCAUCUUUAUGAAGAUGGGUUCUUCACCAGUGAGAACUUUGAGCUUCCUUCUAAACCUGGUUCUGUGACUCUGGUCAAAGCCACAGCAAACAGUGUGAGUGUGCAGUUCAGUGCUCCCUCAGUGGGAGUGGAGAACAUCUGUGGAUACAGAGUGGAGUUCUGUGAGAAAGGACAGGAGCAGUGGAACCAGCAGCUCCAGGCUGAAGCCGGAGAGGCCACAGUGACAGCCCUGAGCCCAAACACAGAGUACAGCUUCAGAGUAAAAGCCGUCACUCAAGUGGGUGUGGGCCCUGCUUCUCCUGACACCUGCAUGAAAACUUUACCAUGCAGCCCACCUCAAGGCGUCACUGCCACCUCCACCUCCUCCGAGAUCUCAGUCCACUGGAAGAAACCUGCCGAGGUGGGACCAGGCGCCCAGAUCCAGAAAUACUUUGUGGAGUUUUCUCAGACAGGAGACGGGGAUGAGUGGACGAGAGAAGCGUCUGAUUCUGAGAAAAAGGUGAUAUCUGGACUUGAGUCUGAGACAGAGUAUGCUGUCAGGGUUCUCUGCGACUGUGGAGAAGAUGGAACCAGCUUAGAAAGCUCCACUGUCACCAUCACCACCAAAGCAAUCACAUCAGCAAGACAACAUGUAAAAAAUAUGUAUUUGGUAAAGAAAGUCAGAAAGAAGCAAAAUGUCGUAUAAUGACUUGCAGGGUCUGGGAAGACCAUUGUGAUUAACGCCACGAUCCGCCCCGUCCUGGUCAGAGUCAAAUAGACUGACUGGUUUCAAUUUAAACAAAACGAGAAAGACAAGACUUCUGAGACAGGCAUGUAAUAUGUAAACCACCAGGAGAGAUUCCAGGUCGACUUCUCACUCAUCAUCACCAAUACUCCAGGGUCAGGAAGCAGUGAGGGAGACAGAGGUCACAGAGGAGGUGGUCCAGUCUCCUUCCCCUCCACUCAGUCCAGCCCAGUCCAGUGCGUUAGUCUCUACACUCUCCGUCUGUGGGAAAGACGGGGCUGAGAACAUCAUGGUUCUGGUGACGGUUGCAGAUGUUCAGGAGCCACCAGUUCUUCAGGCCACGACAGCAGCUGGAGUUUCAGGCCCUAAAACAGAACAGGGUCUGCCAGUCCACUUCAAAUUCAACAACUCUGCUCUUUUCACCCCAAACCAAGCCUCUUCAGUCUAUAUUAAGGAAAUGUUCUGCUUGUGUCUGGAGUGUUUUUUGACGAUGGACAGAAAAUAUUCUACAUGUAUUUCAUCUGGGUGUGAUCUGUUUUUGAACUGUUGUGAACAAACGUGACCACUAGCUUCACAUAUAUUCACAUCAGCUCUGCUUUGUAACCAGAAAAUAAACCCAUGUGCAAAUUCUAUCAUUGAUUUUGUCCUAAAAGGUUUCUCAUUGACCUGUUGCAGAAAAUGAGGGCAAAAAAAUCAUAGUCCACUUGCAUACACAGUAGUAGAUGCAGCAUUAGUAGUGGUACAUUAGCAGCGGUUUCGAGUGGAAGUAGAAGUAGUAGUAGAAGUAGUGGUGUCGAUUGUCGUAAAAAAAAAAAAAAAGUAUGCUUUAAUUUAUGGGCAUCAGACUGAAUAUAAUGUCUGUAGAAUGUAAUGAGCUAAACAUUGGCCAAAAAUAAAUGAAUGAAUGAAAACAAAAUUUAAUCAAAACAACUGGACUUACUGAAUGUUUCCAGCUAAUGUUCAGUGUU